AUGACGCUGGGCCAGCCAAAAGCUGCUGCCUCCAAAAUACCCCAAGGUCAGGGAACAAAGUUGUCCCACCCUUCUACAACCAGCAUAAAAGCUGGUCCAGAGCCUCUCUCCCUCACACACUUCUCCUCACUUCUCCUCCUGCUCCUGCUGACAACCAGGACCCUCCACACCACACCCAUGGCCUGCAACAACCUCUGCCGACCCUGUGGACCCACCCCGCUGGCCAACAGCUGCAACGAGCCCUGUGCCCUGCAAUGCCAGGAUUCCCGCGUCAUCAUCGACCCUGCCCCUGUGCUGGUGACCCUGCCAGGACCCAUCAUGACCUCCUUCCCCCAGAACACCGCCGUCGGAUCCACCUCCUCGGCUGCUGUUGGCAGUGAACUCAAUGCCCAGGGACAGCCCAUCUCGGGUGGAUUUGGUGCCUUUGGCUACGGCCUUGGCUAUGGCCGUGGCUUUGGCUAUGGCCUGGGAGGCCUGGGCUGCUACGGCAGAAGGGGCGGCUACAUCUGCUAA